UGUCAAAUCCAAGAUGUGUAAACUGACGGGCACGCGCACUGUGAAAGAUGCGCAACAUCCCACCGUUCUUUCGCAUCAUAUCGAGAUCACUGCACUUCUGACAGAAAAUCGAGCUGUCACUCUCCGGUGUCGUCGUAUCUUCAACCAAAACGUGUCACCUCGAAGUCUAGUCAGCGACUAUGCCAUGCCAAAUGGUAAACAAACGCUCGCCUGCCAUAAUAAAUACGUGAGGAGAAGUCACUGUCGGAUUGAGGUGGAUUAGACCAGCUGAAAUCACUUGCACAAAACAUCAACUCUGGUUUUCCGACGAUGAACCGAUCCAUGAAGGAACAAUAAAAUGAGCGAUUCAUGGCUUUGUUCGAAAUUUAGAAUUGCGGCAAGCCAAUUCAGCGACAGACAUGAACAAAAUAACGAUUGCUCUCAAUAAUUUGUCUGGGAAGAUGAUGCUACUGUUCCACAUGCAAAGAAGCCCUUAGACCCGAAAAUAAUAGGCUACCAAAAUGACAAGACUGUUCUGGAAUGCGCUCGUUGGGAUUUUGGCAUGCUUUUUACGCAGCAGAGAACUUCGCUUUAAUCGACGUACUUGUAUCACGAGAUAAUACUAGUUAUCCUAGAAACAUGGACAAAGAAUGCACAAGCUUUCCCUGAUGUGAUGACAUACUCUUCAAGUUCUCUUGAGAAUUGCAGCCAACAAUAUCAACACCGACAUAUUCAAUUUUGGACUGUGUGUAAAGCCAGAACCGACAACUAAUUUCACGGGAACACCGUAUCUACUAUAUAUUAAAGCUUCUUCACAGACUCGCAUAGCGAGUCUGUGAGCAGGUGAGUGCGGGACCCUGUCUGCCCCACUGUCCAGCGACAUAAUGAGCUGGAGCUUCCUCACGCGGCUGCUGGAGGAGAUCCACAACCACUCCACCUUCGUGGGGAAGCUGUGGCUCACCGUGCUUGUUGUCUUCCGCAUCGUUCUCACUGCCGUCGGGGGAGAGUCCAUCUACUACGACGAGCAGAGCAAGUUCGUCUGCAACUCGGGCCAGCCGGGCUGCGAGAACGUCUGCUACGACGCCUUCGCGCCACUAUCGCACGUCCGCUUCUGGGUCUUCCAGAUCAUCCUGGUGGCCAUGCCAUCUCUCAUGUACAUGGGCUACGCCGUCAACAAGAUCGCCCAGCUGGACAAGGGCGGGGGAGGGGUGGCCACUGAGACAGGGGGAGGGGGUGGAGGGGGAUACACCCAUCGGAGGCCCAGGAAGAUCUGCUUCGGGGCGCGGCAGCACCGGGGUAUAGAGGAGGACCAGGACCAGGACCAAGAGGAUGACCCUAUGAUCUACGAGGUGCCCGAGCCCGAGCCCCCUCGCCGGGUCGACCCGCUGGCCCCACGGCCCAAGCCCAAGGUACGCCAUGACGGGCGGCGGCGUAUCCAGGGUGACGGGCUGAUGCGUAUCUACGUGCUGCAGCUGGUGACUCGCACGGCGCUGGAGGCGAGCUUCCUGGCGGGCCAAUACCUGUUGUACGGCUUCCGCGUCAUUCCCGUGUUCGUGUGCUCCUUCAAGCCCUGCCCCCACAGCGUGGACUGCUUCGUGUCGCGGCCCACAGAGAAGACCAUCUUCCUGCGCAUCAUGUACGGCGUCACGGUGCUCUGCCUCACCCUCAACGUGUGGGAGAUGCUGCACCUGGGCAUCGGGACCAUCUGUGACAUCCUCCGCCGUCGCCGCUGCCCGCCCCAGGAGGACGAUUACCAGCUGGGGCUGCUGGGACCCAGCGUGGGGGUCUCCGUGGGGGUGCCAGUCCCGGAGCCGGGCACAGGGGGAGGGGUAGUGGGGGACGGUGGUGCUGACUACGUAGGGUACCCGUUCUCGUGGAACGCCCCGUCGGCUCCACCGGGCUACAACAUCGUGGUGAAGCCAGAGCAGAUCCCCUACACGGACUUGAGCAACGCCAAGAUGGCGUGCAAACAAAACCGGGCCAACAUUGCCCAGGAGGAGCAGCAGCAGUUUGGGAGCAACGAGGACAAUUUCCCCACGGGAGGGGAGGCCCGCGUGGCCCUCAACAAGGACAUGAUCCUGCAUGCCCAUGACCAGCUAGAGGCAGCCAUCCAGGCCUACAGCCAGCAGCACAGGGCAGAGGAACACCUGGGGGACAACCAUGAUGACAAGCCCCAAAGCAACAUCACCCAGCCACAGCCACAGCCUCACAAGGAGCGCAAGCACCGCUUCAAACACGGCAAGGGGGGCAGCAGUGGAGAAGGGACUGGGAGCAGCAGCAACAGCAGUAGUGGCAAGUCAGGGGUGGGCAAGCCUUCUGUGUGGAUUUGACCAUGUACACACACAUAUACUCUCACACACACACACACACACACACACACACACACUCCAGCACUGACGGAGCCCCAUAUCCCUGUAGAGUAUGUGUCAGUGAGGGAAGGGUUGGCCCCGAAAACUCCAGGACCGGCCCUGAACGGAGGGCUGAGGUAGUGGGAUGUCAUGUUGUCUUUCUGUGGAUAUUUCAACACCAUGUUGUGCCUUUAAAAAAUCCCACAAGCUAGAGGAGACUAGCCUACAGUAGUAGUAUGUCAGUGUGGACAGGUGUGUCAGGAGCAUUAGUGAUUUUGCAGCAGGCAGUUGUUUGUCUGGGCUGUCGCUGUCUAACCUAAAACACCCCGACACAACUCUCUGAAACAGUCUCUAGUGUUUCUGAACUCUUCCAAUUCUGAAGCAGACACUUGUUCUCUGUUGUCUUCCUACUGUCCCCGUCUUCCAGUAUCCUGACGACUCACACUAAAUGAUUCUGUAGUUUGGUGCAUACUUUAGUCUGAGCCUGCCAUCAUUGAAGUCGUUUGUGGUGACGAAGGGCACAUGGGGCAUUGUACAAAACCAAGUCACCAGCGAUUGGAUUGUCUCUAACCAAUCGGAGUCCAUGGGCGCCGCUUUACCCACUUGUGUUCUGGCUCUGACCCAACCCAUCGGUUUCUGGACCAAUCAGAUGGCCUCGAAUGUGUUUGCAUUCGGUGAAGGGUACUCCGAUCCAGACUCAUUGAGGCGAAGGAACUAACAUCCGAGGGCGUGGCGUAGCGUUUGACCGGAUCAAGGAUUCUGGGCAGCCAGGCAAGUCUUCCAGAGGAUAUUGGGCUGAGAAAAUGACUCUAUCGUUAUCAUCAUCUUUUUUUUACAUUUUCUGAUCCAUUUAUUUAUAUCCCGUCCAUUCUCUUGGUGAUCCUGAUUUCCAUUCCAGAUUUCGAUCAAGCUAAUCUGUUGGGCUGAAUUUCUGCAAAGUCACAGGCUUCGUAAUACAUUGGCAUCAGAAUGAAUGGACAUCAUAAUGCAAUGAACGACAUUGUAAUACAAAGACAGUUGAAAACAAUUACUUUAUAAUGCACUGACAUCAUAAUGCAAUGGCAUCAUAAUGCAAUGACUUCAUAAUGCAAUGGCAUCAUAAUGCAAUGACUUCAUAAUGCAAUGGCAUCAUAAUGCAAUGACUUCAUAAUGCAAUGACUUCAUAAUGCAAUGACAUCAUAAUGCAAUGACUUCAUAAUGCAAUGACUUCAUAAUGCAAUGACUUCAUAAUGCAAUGACUUCAUAAUGCAAUGACUUCAUAAUGCAAUGGCAUCAUAAUGCAAUGACUUCAUAAUGCAAUGACUUCAUAAUGCAGGGUUAAUAAUGAAAAGGUCAAUCAUAAUGUGUAUGUUCACCUUCCCUGAAGGCUAUUGUGUGUCUAUUUUCUCUCCAAGGUCACUGAUGUUUAGUGUGUGGGACUUGAUAUUUGACCCAGGCCAAGUCUUUGAGUGCAUGCAUCUUCCAGGUGGAGGGACAGUUCAUGGCUUGAUCAGAUGAAAGUGGUCAGCGAUAUGGUUGAUGUAGACGGAGUCUGGUGAAGAGGGCUAUUCUUGUGACCACUGGAGUUCCCCCUCCUUCACAAUGUGUAUGAGAAUCAAUUAUUCUCACCAUGAAUUAAUACCAUUUAUUGACAACUCCCUCUGUAAACCUGCAAUCUUUUCACUUUAUUUUCUCUGUGUUUCUCCGUCUCUAGUUCUCUCCAGUUUGGACCUGUGUACGGUCUCUCAGUACUGGGUUGGCAUUUUAUCUGUCUGGUUAUUGAGUGCCCCCUGGUGGUACAGCUUUUAAACUAAGGAUUUAUCAUCCCCUUAGUACAAUAUUGCUUACUUUAAUUUGGUAUCUUACUAGUACUUACUAAGUUCGAGUUACCAAUGAUCACCCAGCAUUCCAAACACCUGAAGUUAGUCUCUCCUGUUACACAGUAGCCCACAGUUUCCUUUUCAACCUCUUCCUUACAAGAGUCUUCCGUACAAAUGUUCUAUCUGAGACCAACAAGGCUGCAAUAAAAACAGCUCUCUAAGCUAGGUAGUGUUGAUGAUCUUCCUCUCUGUUCUCCUCUGUCCAAGUAUUUCUCUGAACUGCCAUAUAGGCUGUGUCCUAAAUUGCACCCUAUUCCCUAUGGACCCCGGUCAAAAGUACUGCAAUAUAUAGGGAAUAGGGUGCCAUUUGGGAUGAAGCUAUAGAGACCAAACACUGUUCGUGUGAUGAAGGCAGCGUCACCGCCAUUGCCAAGGCAACGUUGGGCUACUAUGCAGCCAGGUUGUGAUGUAGCUUUGCCAAGGAAUACUGUGGCCAUGCUACCUGAAUCACAGAGGAGAAGAACCUGUGUAUGUCUCUAUUUUUUUUUAUUAUGUCUAAGUGUGUUUUGGUGUGUUUUGGGAGGUCUAAUGUAGCAGAGGUGAAAUAGUUUUUUUGUGUGUUUUUUUGACCAGUCGUGUUUUUCAAACUUUUUUUUCUUCAAUAAAGAUUUCUAAAAUUAACAAAAGAUUGUAUUUACAGAUAUCUUCUAGAAUUGGUUAUUUUAUUGCCUUCAAAUUAUAAAGAUAAUAUAUUUUUAUAGGUACAGUAGUUGUGUAUCAUGUUGUUGAUGUGUAAAAUAAAAAAUACAAUUGCCAAAUG